CCCGCCGGAGGCAUAGCCUGCACGGCCGGGCAUGGGUGCCGCGGCUCCGAGCUCUGCUGCCUUGUCCCGUCCCGAUGAGUCCUCGCCGGAGCAAGUGAGUGAGGGGGGCGCCCGGGCGCUUGGCUGGGCUCCGCUGCCUCCACCUGCGCGCUCGUCUCUCGGCAAGGGGGACUCGGCCGGCCCCUCUCCGCCUCUUCCUCUGCAGGGCGCCGGCGGCCCGGCCUUGGGAGGGAGAAUGUGGUGAGAGGAUGGGGCUGUCUCCCGCGGCGGCUCGCCAUGGCCAGGGAGGACUCGGUGAAGUGCCUGCGCUGCCUGCUCUACGCCCUCAACCUCCUCUUCUGGAUUACAGAGGAGAAAGGAUCUUUUGAAUCUGUCCCAGGGAAGAAAAUGCUGAUGUCCAUCAGCGUAUUAGGUAUUUCUGCUUGGAUGAGAGACUACCUGAAUAAUGUUCUCACUUUAACUGCAGAAACAAGGGUGGAGGAGGCUGUCAUUUUAACUUACUUUCCUGUGGUCCACCCGGUCAUGAUUGCAGUCUGCUGUUUCCUCAUCAUGGUUGGAAUGCUGGGCUACUGUGGAACAGUGAAAAGUAAUCUGUUGCUCCUUGUCUGGUACUUUGGAAGCUUGCUUGUAAUAUUCUGUGUUGAACUGGCCUGUGGUGUUUGGACCUACGAGCAGGAAAUAACGGUUCCGGUGCAGUGGUCUGAUAUGAUCACACUGAAAGCCAGGAUGACCAAUUAUGGCCUACCUAGGUACCAGUGGCUGACCCAUGCUUGGAAUUUCUUCCAGAGGGAGUUUAAAUGUUGUGGGGUGGUGUACUUCACAGACUGGCUGGAAAUGACGGAAAUGGACUGGCCGCCUGACUCCUGUUGUGUCAGGGAGUUCCCAGGAUGCUCUAAGCAGGCACAUCAUGAGGAUCUCAGUGCCCUUUAUCAGGAGGGAUGUGGUAAAAAAAUGUACACUUUUUUGAGGGGAACAAAGCAAUUGCAAGUGCUGAGGUUUCUAGGAAUCUCAAUUGGAGUAACACAGAUCUUGGCUAUGAUCCUCACGAUUACUUUGCUGUGGGCUCUGUACUAUGACAGAAGGGAUCCUGGAACACAUCAGAUCGUGGCCCUGAAGAGUGAUACCUCGCAGCAGCUGUCAUGUAAUUCUGUGGAGCUACUGACACCAAGCCUGACAAGGAUCUUUGAACAUACAUCCAUGGCAAACAGCUUUAAUACACAGUUUGAAAUGGAAGAGCUAUAGGUGAUGCAAUGAAUCUGUGAAGUCACAAAGGGUUUUAAUUGGGUUUUCUUGUUGUUAUUCUGUUUGAUCAAGUAUGCCAGAUAUACCAGUCUUCAUGUGAAUCAGAAAGAGCUGAUGAAUGGAAGUGAAGGAGGCCAGCAAAGAAAGGAUAACCCAGUCAGCCUCUUAGCCAUAGUCUCAGCCAUGAAACAGAGUUGAAUGUGUUUGUUUUUUAAAAGGCACUCAUUCACUGGGCACAGUAAUGCUUAACCUAUUUUCACAAGCUGUGUGAUGUGUAAAACACAGGCAGACAACCUCUAAGGAAGCAUCACAGGAAAGGAAGAGAAAUACUCAUCUUCGAAGAAAUGACUGUUCUUUGGACAAACAAAAUGUGACUUCAGUUGAAAUUGACUUUUACAUUUUUAAUAAGCCAUUUUGAAAAUGUCUUAAUCAGGGAUCUAUGUAUAUAUAAUUGUGUGGUUUUGUGCUGUGUGCAUGGGAAGCAGAACUGCAAUACUUGGAUUUAAAAAUUUGCAAGAUUUGUAAAAAAGGGCAAGAUUUUCU